CUCAUAGCGGAGCUGGCGGAGCUAGUGUAUAUUCAUAUUUGUGAACCAAUGUAAUUUUUCCUUUGUAUCGAAUAUACCCAAGUCUCGAUGCAGUAUGUCUACCAUUAAUUUACUGGACUAAAACAUAAUUCAUUCUAUUUUCAUGUCAGAUUUAAGUCAUCUCGAUGCACGUUGAAUCUUCUCGGUCUAGCAUAGUUUUGCUUGCUAGCAGCUACCAAAGAGACACGUUUGUUAUUAUUAACACAUAGCCACGCAAAGAUCAAGUGUGAGAUUAAAGUGUUUUUUAAUUAUCGUGUGAAAAUGGGGACAAGAAGGACAAUAGAGUACGAGGAGGAACUUUGUGGAACAAAAGAGGACGAGCGACAACGGCAAACACUGGACGUUGUUUACAAGAAGUCUCGAAUUGGGUUAUGCACAGCAGAUGCCAGUGAAUAUGUUUGCCCUGAGCAACUCAAGUCAGAGUCACCUCACAUUAAAGAAGAAGUGGAGGUCAAAGAGCACUACCAGAUUAUGGAAGAAGAGGGGUUGGAGCCUACUGAUGUUAAGGAGGAAGAGGAGCCAGAGCCAUUUCACAUAAAGACAGAGAAGGAUGAGGAAGAGUACUCUUACUUCAAAGAGGAGGACGUGCACCCCAAUGUCAAAAAAGAGGUGCCACAGCUCUUCCACAUUAAACAGGAAGAGAAGGAGGCUAGCACCGAGUUGCCAUUUUUGGGCGUCCCUUUGAAGAAUGAAAAUGAAAGUCGCAGUGAGGAAGAUAGAGGGGCGGAUCCACCAAGCAUCAGCGCAAGUGACCACAUGACAACAGGGGAUGGAGACCACUGUGGAGCAUCACAGGCAGAAGGCCUCAUCGCGCCGCUAUCAGAUUGUGACGACACAACGGCACUUUCCCCUGACACUGAUGAUGACGAUGGAGAACAGUCUGGAGGUCAUGGGACAGGUCACCCAGACAACAAACGUUGGGAGUGUCCUCUGUGUGGGAAAACUUUAGCUUAUAAAUGGGAUUUGAAACGACACAUGAGAAUACACACUGGAGAGAAGCCUUUUGCCUGCACAGUUUGUGGGAAAAGAUUCUCUCAAAGGACCUUUUUGACGACACACACAAGAACGCACACUGGUGAAAAACCUUUUGCGUGCUCAGUUUGUGACAAAAGAUUCGCUCAGAAAGGAAGCUUGAAAGUACAUGUAAGAACACACACCGGAGAGAAACCUUUUACCUGUGCAGUCUGUGGUAAAAGAUUCUCUGAAAAGGGAAAUCUAAGAAUACAUACAAGGACACAUUCUGGUAAGAAAUCUUUUGCGUGCCCAGAUUGUGGUCAAAUAUUCUCUGAAAAACAAAAUUUAGUUAUACACAGGAAAAUACACACUUUUGCCUGCUCUGUUUGUGGUAAAAUAUUCUCUCAAAAGCACAAUUUAAAAAUACACAUAAGAAUACACACUGGUGAAAAACCUUUUGCCUGCUCAGUUUGUGAUCAAAGGUUCACUCAUAGUCGAAGCCUGAAAACACACGCGGCAACACACACGGGAGAUAAACGGUUUUCGUGCGUAGUUUGUGGUCAAAGAUUCACUCAUGAGAGACAUUUGAGAACCCACAUAAGAUCCCACCCUGGUAAAAUACUAUUUGCCUGUUCAGUUUGUGGUAAAAAAUUCCCUUGUAAGGGAAGCGUAAUACAGCACACAAAAACGCACACUGGUGAAUAAUAAACAACAACUUUUAAACUGCUGUGAUCAAAGCUCUCCUGCCUUCACUGGAGGCAAAUCCUAUCUAAAAUCGGCAAUGUUGACCAUACUCUGACACCAGUCAGGACUUGGAUCAAACACCCCCAAUCAAGAGGUCAAGUAGCCCACACUCCCGUAGCACCCUUCACAGGACUCGCGAGGGAGACAUUAAAACAUCGCCUCUAAGUCCACAAAGCACGUGGGCAUGUUGGAUGAACUCCAUGCACCUGCCAGGACCCCGCAGAAGGGUAGGACUGCUCUACAUUUCUACACCAGAGCAAAAUCAAACAAAUAUUCAUAUAGAUAUUUCAAAACAUGUCAUGCUGCCGCAAGUCUGAGAAAUUUACUGCAAAGACAAUAAUUGAAAAUCGGUUUAGGCAGUCCUGAUGCCAAGUAUGUUUGAACAUGAUGUUUUUUAAGGACAGUCCACAACAGAAGUCCAAUCACAGAACACUGCUGCCGUUCUGGACCCUUCCUCCAAAUCAUGCCGCUCCAGGGCUCAUAUUCUGUUGUUUAAUAUUGAAAUUAAUUACAACACUGAUGUUAGAUAACCUACACAAUCUAUCCAUAAAUUUAUGUUUGACAAGUUGACAUUGUAUAGUACUACAACACAGGUGGUUUGUUAGCUUUUGAACACAGUGUUUUCCACAUGAUGAAUCCCACUAAAGUUUUAUACAGAUACGCACCGGUCCAAUUUGAUUGUCUACUAUUAUCAUUGGCUGGCAUUAUGAAUCCCACUAAGCUUAGCCUUCCCUAGCAAUAGAGCUCGUGCAGAUGAUGUCACAGUUUGCACGGCGCCAUAUUGUCAAACCUAGCUGUUCUGCACUGCGGAAGCCGUUGAACCAGAGCAAAUUUUUCAAAUUGCCCGAGACCUGUUGUGCUGUUGGUUGUCACAACAGACGAGACAGAUAUUCUAAGAUAUCAUUCUAUGGAAUCCUAGCUGAAAAGACCAGAAAAUAUCAAUGAAUUUCGGCAAUUAAACGUGAUGGAUGGUGCCCAAACAAAAUACACACACGCCUGUGUAGUGAUUGCUUCAUUUCAGGAAGGAAUUAUUCUUCUCAAUCUCAAAUUACCAAGAAGUAUGUAUAAUGCCAAGUUGGCACAUUUGAGAACAAUACGUAUUAAAAAACAGUCUGUCGCAGAGGUUUACGGAGUUUAAGUGUGUACGUUCCGUGGAGAUGACUCCAUCCUCUUUUCUUUUUUUCAAACAUAGUUAACGAAUGACAGUGUGUGUAAAACCCGGGUCAUUUAUUUAAAUAUUGGCAUUUGGAUUGAAUACUAGCUGAAAAGAUCGAUUCAGAUCCAGCAACGAAGUAUUUAUCUAAUUUUUCCACGUACCUUCGUUUAUUUUCACCUUCUAAAUGUCUAACGGUAUCAGUGUCGUGCUGUAAGACAUUUUCGUGUCGUCUCCAACCGACUUAGCAUUGAACAUUGCUUUGCUAGACCGGCAAUAUAGCAACGUAAACAAACCUCUAUAACAAACCUGAUUGUGUUUAUUGACAGAUUUGAUGCUAUUUGUAAUUGUCACCUUGUUACAUCUGCAUAGCCUGCCAUUGCUGUGAUGCAGCAGCCACUCAUAUUGCUUUUUUGUUCUGUUAUUGUUCUCCCAAAAACUUCAGUGGAAUUCCUAAUAAUGGGCCUUUUCUUACUUCAAAACUGUUAAGCCUGAUGAAGACAUGCAUGCAGAAAUGUAUCGGAGUUUUUGAGCAUGA